AUGGCCUAUACUCCUCAGCAAAAUAGAGUGGUAGAGAGAAAGAAUAGGACUGUCAUUGAGAUGGCAAAAUCAAUGUUACAUGAUAAGGGAAUGCCUUAUUUCCUAUGGGCAGAAGCAAUGCAUACAGCUGUUUAUUUGCUGAACAGAUGUCCUACCAAAGCUCUCCAUAACAUUACCCCAUUUGAAUCAUAUAGUGGAAGGAAGCCUGGAAUUGCACAUCUGAAAGUUUUCGGUUCUCUGUGUUAUGUUCAUGGACUAGCUGAAUUGAGGCACAAGCUGGAUCCUAAGAGUACAAAGGGAGUGUUUGUGGGAUAUGCCAUUUGUGAAAAAGGCUAUAGAGUUUUUGAUCCAGUUUCUAACAAGCUUAUAUUGUCAAGGGAUGUGACAUUUGAUGAAGAAGGUGCUUGGCAUUGGACAGAUAACAAUGAUUCAGUUAUGACACCAUACACAAUUGAAAAUCAAGUAGAUUUUGAUUUUCAUUCCGAUAGUUCAAAUGGCAACUCUACUGUUACACCUCAAACUCUGAAUAUGCAGGGGAGAACAUCAUCAACUCCAAGUGAUAUAAGCAGUGAAGAAAGGAGAACUCAAGCUUAUGAUCACACUCCUUUAAAAUGGAGAAAGCUAGAUGAUGUUCUUGCUCAGUGUAACUUGUGCAUCAUGGAACCAGAAAAAUAUGCUGAUGUUGCUCAAGAUGAAUCUUGGCUUAAAGCUAUGCAAGAUGAAUUGCAGAUGAUUGAAAAGAAUGGAACAUGGGAAUUGGUGGAUAGACCAAUUGAAAAACCAGUGAUUGGAGUUAAGUGGGUUUACAAGACAAAACUGAAUUUGGAUGGCUCUGUGCAAAAGAAUAAAGCACGAUUAGUUGUCAAAGGGUAUGCUCAGAAGCCUGGACUGGAUUAUAGUGAAACUUAUGCACCUGUAGCCAGAUUGGACACCAUUAGAACACUUAUUGCUCUUGCUGCUCAAAAGGAUUGGAAACUAUACCAGCUUGAUGUGAAAUCUGCCUUCCUUAAUGGUGUGCUACAAGAGGAAGUCUAUAUCAAUCAACCUGAAGGUUUUGUAAUUAAAGACAAAGAGGACAAAGUUUAUCGUCUACAUAAAGCUCUCUAUGGUCUGAAGCAAGCACCAAGGGCUUGGUAUGGAGAGAUAGACAGCUAUUUCACUCAAUGUGGUUUUAAGAAAAGCCUAAGUGAAGCAACUUUAUACACCAAAGAAAGGGGAGAUAAGGAUAUCCUAAUUGUCUCUAUUUAUGUAGAUGACAUUGUCUACACAGGGAGCAAUAAGGAGUUACUAGAUGAGUUUAAGGAAGAUAUGAUGACUAAAUAUGAGAUGACAGAUUUAGUAUAUUUCUACAUCAAAAGAAGUAUGUAUGCUAGCACCUUGUUGAACAAAUUUGGCUUGACUGAAUGCAAAUAUGUAACCACACCUCUUGUUGCCACUGAGAAACUAGCUAAGGAUGAUGGGAGUGGAGCUGCAAAUGAAGAACACUACAGAAGCAUUGUUGGUAGUCUGCUGUACUUAAUUGCUACAAGACCCGACAUCAUGUAUGCUUCCAGUCUGCUAGCCAGAUUCAUGCACUGUCCUACAAACAGGCAUUAUGGAACAGCUAAAUGUGUUUUGAGAUAUGUCAAGGGAACUCUAGACUACGGCUUAGAGUAUGUGAAAGGCAGGAAAUCAGUUCUGAUCGGCUACUGUGACAGUGAUUGGGGAGGAUCAGUUGGUGAUAGCAAAAGCACAUCGGGGUACGCUUUUACCUUUGGGAGUGGAGUGUUUUCUUGGGCUUCAGUCAAACAGAACUGUGUAGCGUUGUCCACUGCAGAAGCUGAGUACAUUAGUGCAGCUGAAGUAACUACACAGGCUAUUUGGUUGCGUUUUGUGCUAGAGGACUUUGGAGAGCUACAAACUGAAGCUACUUCAUUGCAUUGUGACAAUAUCUCAGCAAUUGCAAUCACUAAAAACCCUGUGUUCCACCAGAAGACUAAGCACAUUGAUAGAAGAUACCAUUUUAUCAAGGAUGCUUUGCAAGAAGAAGUCAUUGAUCUGGAAUACUGUCCUACCAAUGAACAACUAGCUGACAUUUUCACCAAACCAUUGGCCAAAGAUCGGUUCAAUUAUCUCAGAGGCAUGCUUGGAGUGAAAUCAGCUCAAGACUUAAAGGAAAGUGUUGAAUUAUAA